AUGUCUACUCCAGUGUCCAGUAAUCCAAAGAAGGCUAUUGAUCCCGCCCAUCCUACAAACGAACCUUUCACUUCACCUGAUGAAUCAUCCAAUGUCAACAACUGCGUUUGUUGCGGCGUCUUUUUGGUUCCUCUAGCAGCUCUUGGUGGUUUCAUUGAUCAAAUCAUGAGAAAGACAUCUAGAAUAUUUCACAGCAGCGACGAUAAUGAUACCAAGAACAACAGCAACAAGGCAUAA